GUAUAUACGAGAUGCGCACAGGUGGAUCCUCAAUCCUUGCCGCGGCUCGAGUGCGACCAGUGAGCGACCAUGCUACGAUUUGUGACACUUUGCACACUUGCGGUGGCGCUGUCAUCAGCAGCCCCCAACCCAGUCUCCAAUGUGUUCGAGAUCGACAUCUCGCCUGAAGAAGCAGCCAAAUACUUGAACAGCCCUCCGUUCACAGAACCCCAACUAUCUGGACGCACUGGCGUUCUGCCUCUGGUGAGAUGGAACGAUCCUCGUUUCCGCUCGGCGGAGGCGGGGCCUACUCUAGGUCACUACUGGAAGAACGGCCACGAGAUUGAGAACACCGACGAUUAUGUUGAAGAGGUAUAUGACGCGUCCCAAUUCCACGGACAAGACGGUCUAGGCGGCUACGCCUAUGGCUACCAGGCUCCUGAGUCCUCGAAGGUGGAGAAUCGGGCCAGGUCUGGUGACGUCACCGGUUCCUACACUUACAAGGAUGGCAACAAUGAACUCAUCAAGGUCCGCUACUGGGCUGACAGCGAAGGCUUCCACCAAGAAGACAACCUGCCGAAGGUCGAGCUGAAGCCUGUGGAAGAAGCCGCUGAUGUCAGGGAGGCUCGUCUGGCUCACGAGAAGGCCUGGCAGGAGGCUGCCGCUGCUGCGGCUCAGAACCCUGACCCUCAGGGCGAAUACCACAGCAACUACGACUACAACCAAGCCGCCUCCGAGCAGCAGCAGAACGUGGUCGCCCCCGCGCGCGAAGGCAAAGCCUUUGCGCAGGCACAGAGCAGCUUCCAGUCCAAUCAGUAUAGCCAGCAGCAGCAGUACCAACAGCAGCCGCAGAAGCAGUAUCAGCAGCCGCAGAAGCAGUACCAGCAGCCGCAGAAGCAACAGUACCAGCAGCCGCAGAAACAACAACAGUACCAACAACAACAGCAACAUGGUCAACAGCAAGAGGAGCCUGAGCCUACUGGCCCGCCACGUGGUUUCUUCUACAGCUUCAACUACCCAGUGUCCAUCAUUGAGCCCAAGAGCGGCCAGCAGCCCGGCGCCGUCAACCCUGGACAGACCGUGGACCAUGACACCGUUGGAGUCAGCGCCCAUGCCCAGUACCACCAGGGCUAAACUAUAGCUUAGUCCCUUUAUUCACUGUUACUAAAAUAUUGGUUCGAAUAAUGAACCCUGAGGUACACCCGAAGAAUAUUUAGUAAAAGGUGUACUUGCAGUGAAUAAGGACGUAUUUUUGUAAGCAAUUACAGGAAAUUUAGAUGUAAUGUUCAAUGUAAAAUCACGCAUUUGACAUUUGAAUAACAUAAGGUCUCUAAUUGGUCUGUGAUAUUUGAAUAAUUGUCACAUGAACAAGUUUUUUCUGCCACAAGUUAUAUAUUGCAUCUCUGUCAAUGUUUGAAAUACAAUAAGUACAUUCAGUCUUUCACUUAAAAUAUCCAUCAACGAUAUAUCGUUACCUACUUUUUCUGGUAUUACCUCUAGAAUCGUAUUGGAUCAUGUGCCUUCCGUGAACUGAUUAUAAUCAGUCGAUUUAUAUGUGCGUUUGUCCACGUACGUAUCUUUAAUCGAUAUAAAUCGGUUGUCGUUGCCAUUUUAUUAUUUAGGUUAAUUUAGAAAUUAGUAUGAUAAUAGUCGGCGUUUGAAAGUGUAACUAUGUAUGAACAAUAAAAAGUUUUACAUUCAAGUGCUUGUGUUUAUUAGGCUUUAUAACUAAUAAAAACAAUAGGAGUUAUUAAUCAGUUAAUGUGUUUAUCUACUUAGUGAAGUCUAUAGACAGAACCUGUAUAAUGGCAAAUAAAAAAAAGUUACACUCUUGAACCCGAGCUAGAGUAAGAUUUUCUGUUACCAUGUAUCAGUGAUUCCCAUACUAAAUUGUACUUUAAAAUGUAUCUGCAAAUAACAAAUAAAGUACUUACUUUACAUAA